UAUAAAGCCUGGUUGGGAGAUUGUUCCGCUACACUGAGACAGUUUCCUCACAAUGGGAAGGUUCCCGAAUAGUGUCGUUGUUACUUUGGGAUGCUUAGUAUUCGUCGUACAGCAUGUCAGUCCGUUUAUAGUGUUACCUGGUAACCAGAUGUAUGACAACCCUAUUGUAACAGGAGUACGCUUUGGGAUGGCGCCGAGGUUUCCCACCAGUGGCAAAACCUAUGUUUCGUCUGCUUCGUCAAGUCUACGGAACACCGGUGCAGCCAUACAGGCAAGAAGUCCGGGUUUUGUCGCAGUUAUGCAGAACCGUCCACAAAAUCCGAGAAUUAUUUCUCUUUCAUCGCUCAGAUCGUCGAUGAGGCCGACAAGCACCAGGAUAUUGGGAUCAAGUUUCACAUCGAUCCCCUCUCUGUCUACCAUAUCAGCAUAUCGACCCACCACUUCGUUAGGCCAGAUUAGAACUCAGAAUAUAAUACAACAACGCCCUGCUGGACAAAUAUACACGGUUGCUAAUCCUUAUACAAUUCAACGUCAACGUCAACGACAAUUAAUUACACCGCAGAUGAUCGCAAGCAGACAGAUAGCACAAAUCAACAGAAGGGGUCCAGCGGCAGCCACAUCACAGAUACUAGGAAGAAAAAAAUUGAUUGGACAGACAUCAACUGGUAUGGGACUCUCAAGAGGGCCAAUAUCAAGGAUUUCUUCUGGAUAUUCCAGAGUUGGAACAUCUGUAAGGAAGCCGACCAUUAGGCCUUCAGUCUCUUCUGUCAAGACAGUUAAGAAGACAUUCACGCGGACUAAUAAGCCAUCUGCCAAGAUAUUUACCAAAACAUCAAGUCGUAAGUCUUCACGUAAGAGUAGUAGUAGUAGGAGGAGGAAAAGCAGUAAAGAUAAGGCGAAAAGGAAGGCCGCAUUAAGAGCAAGAUUGAGAGCUUUGAAAACACAGAAGAUGGAAACGAAGGACUAUGCAGUAUGAGGAUUUUGUCGAUAAAACGUCAUCUAUAUGUGUACUUCUCAUGCUAUUUUAUUGACAUUAACGAGAUGAAAAAAUUAACAAGGAGAAAAAGAAGGCGAAACUCCAAAAUUUUAACAACUUGUUUUGCUUGUCAUCCCAGAAACACAAAUACGCAAAAACAACUUUCGCGUGUUGUUUGUCAUGUUGCGAAUCUAAACAUCUAGAUCAAAUGACUUGGUUUCCAAUGGCAAGAUUCGUUAAUUGUUUUCAAUACUCUUUUAUCGUUGGCAUCAUCUUUACUUGUCUUCAAGCGAGCUUUGUGUAAUAGUGCAAAUGAAAUCAGAUCAGCUUGAACGAGCUGCUAGCAAAUAUUCAAGAUUUCGAAUUAUGCUUUUUACAUCUCUUCAUAUUUGUAUGUAAAAUGUAGCAAGGAAAAAUAAAAUUUUUGUUGAUAUGUA